UGUUUCAGAUUUCGAAUGGGAGACAACCCUGGCUAACAGCUGUUGCUUAUUGUUGUUGGUAUUUCAGGAAGUGUAUUUAAUUUAUUGUUAUUUUAAUUUUAUAAACCGGAUUAACAUUAAAUAAAAUGCGGAAGUACCAGCAACUCGUGUUGCUCCUGAUCUCCUGCCUCAGCGUGGGCAUCCUGCUGAUGUACAAAACCGAGAACAACCGCUUGAAAUAUGUGCUCAAGUAUGUAAACUUCUUUGGCCGAAACGAUGCUGCAGUGCUGCGCCGCCUGGAGAAUGGAACCAAGGAAGAAAUCCCGCAGGCGGCUCUGUGGCGUCCACUGCCCGUUUGGCAGAUGAUUGGCGACAACUUCCAUGCCUACUCCGCCUACUGGAUGCGCAACGAGUUGGUGGCCGGUGGUGAGGCACAUGUCCUUGUGGUCGGCAAGAAAGGAGCUGUUGUUGACUUCCGUUGCAGUUUGGACCUCCUCGCCGGACGGAGUGUUCAGGGAAAGUUCCGCUUUCAGCGGGACUCCAUCGAGAGUCUGGUGGUGGACGACAAGUCCUCUAACUUCACCAACUAUCACUUCUUCUGCCAAGUGAGCCGCGAUUUCGGUCAGCCGGGUGGAGUCUCAUUCACUGAUAUCACGUCCACCAAGAGCCCGGUAAAGCUGCGCCUGCGCAACCUAAAGCCUGUUGGUGUGAAGACCGAUUUCACGGCGGUGCCAACUGCGCCGGUACGCCUGCCUGCCACAAUUUGCGUGGAUUUGGUGGGUUUUAACAUGACCUCCCGGUUCGCUAGGAACGAGAACGCCCUGCUGCAGUUUUUCCUGUUUCACCAGGCCGUGGGCAUUGAGCAGUUUUUGGUUUACAACUACGAUGCCCUGCCUGAUGAGGUGAUUCGCCUGCUGGACCGCACCAACAUCCAUUUGUACGCCAUGCCCUUCAACUUUCCCUUUCGGCAAGCGAAUGCGACGGCUGCCAGGGUGCGUCAGCUGCUCCAUACCGACUGCCUGCUCCGGAACUUGAACCAUGCCAGCUUUACCCUUCUACUCCGUCCCAAUGAGCUGUUCUUCCCCAACGCCCGCUUGACUUCCGCUCAGGCAAAGGGUUCACUGCAGCAGCAGUUGCGUCACUUUUCGGCCGAAACAACCCGCUUUGAGCUGGCCACCAUGGCCGUGUGCUACGAUGAGCGUAAGAAACUCCUGCCCGACAAUGUCCAGUACGAUCCCGAGAGAAGGGCUCCAUACAAAACCUUGCUCAACCGGCUUGAGCUACCGCCUGCCCAGCUUUUGGCCAGCACCACUGAGGUGGAGCUCUCACUCUCCACCGGAUUCGUGCACCGCUACGUGGACUGUGAGAAUGUGGGCAGCGAUGGGCUGCACGAUUGGCGCAACGGGGUGCGCCAGGACUUUAUGGAACACAUCAACGUGCUGCGCAAUGAGGUGGACCUGCUCAUUUAAGUAAUUAUAGCCUAAGCUGUUGUAGUCUUUAGUUUGAGAUUCUAGAUGUAGCUCAUAAUUUGAGAGAUUACUUGACUGCCAUAUUAAAGCAAAGAGGAGAGAUUAUACA